CAAGUAGAGGCGCUUGAGAGUGGACCGCUUGGAGAGUGGGAGCGCAGUCGCAGGUUAUCCAUCGCCUGGUGCAAGAUCUACCGUCACUCUGCCACGUCUCGGAUCUUCCUUUAUAUAGACGAGAGACCCAACCAAACCACCUCACUCAACGCGGAUCCAGAUUGUUUUUCCUCUUUUCCCCCCUCUCUCGUCUUUUCACCCCCCUGUUCAGGCUUAACCGUCCCUGUGUUUUUGUAAAGGCAAUUGUUAGUGCGCAUCGUCGCCGGAGCCAAAAGGAGGUUAGCCACUGUUCAUAGCACACUGCGGGCUGCUGGAGCGUCAUGACAGCUGAGAAGAGCGGGCCCGUUAUAAACGGUAAACCAGAGGACGGUAGAGACCCGGAAGGGUCCAGCUCCAGUCUAGACAACAGGGAGUACAAUGAGAGGGGCCACUGGAACAACAAGAUUGAGUUCGUCCUGUCUGUGGCUGGAGAGAUCAUUGGACUGGGCAACGUCUGGAGGUUUCCUUACCUCUGCUACAAGAAUGGAGGAGGUGCGUUCUUCGUUCCAUAUGUCAUCUUCUUCGUGUGCUGUGGUAUCCCUGUGUUUUUCCUGGAGACCGCCCUGGGUCAGUUCACCAGCGAGGGAGGUAUCACCUGCUGGAGGAAAGUCUGUCCACUGUUUGAGGGUAUCGGCUAUGCAACGCAGGUGAUUGAAGCUCAUCUCAACGUGUACUAUGUAGUGAUCCUAGCCUGGGCCAUUUUCUACCUCUUCAACUGUUUUACCACAGAGCUGCCGUGGGCUGCCUGCGGGCACUACUGGAACACAGAAAACUGUGUGGACUAUUAUGGAGAAAACAGCACCAACAUCACAAACCCCAACGCCACUUCUCCAGUCAUUGAGUUCUGGGAACGCCGAGUGCUGAAGAUAUCAGAUGGUAUCGAGCACAUGGGGUGGAUACGCUGGGAGCUGGCCAUGUGUCUGGCCCUGGCCUGGUUCAUCUGCUACUUCUGCAUCUGGAAGGGACCCAAAUCAACUGGCAAGGUUGUGUAUGUGACGGCUACCUUCCCUUAUGUCAUGUUGUUGGUCCUGCUGGUCAGAGGAGUGACACUGCCCGGCGCAUAUGACGGCAUCAAGUUCUACCUCUACCCGGACAUUUCACGUCUCUCUGACCCUCAGGUAUGGGUGGAUGCAGGAACCCAAAUCUUCUUCUCCUAUGCCAUCUGCUUGGGCUGUCUCACUGCUCUUGGAAGUUAUAACGCAUACAACAAUAACUGCUACAGGGACUGCAUCAUGCUGUGUUGUCUCAACAGCGGCACCAGCUUUGUGGCAGGUUUUGCCAUCUUCUCUGUGCUGGGCUUCAUGGCCUAUGAACAAAAUGUCCCCAUAGAGGCUGUGGCAGAAUCUGGUCCCGGCCUUGCAUUCAUUGCAUACCCUAAGGCUGUCACCAUGAUGCCCCUGUCUCCACUUUGGGCUUGUCUCUUCUUCAUGAUGCUGAUCUUCCUUGGCCUGGACAGUCAGUUUGUGUGUGUGGAGAGUUUAGUGACUGCUGUGGUGGACAUGUACCCAGAGACCUUCAGGAGAGGCUACCGGCGAGAGCUGCUGAUUCUUGGCAUGUCCAUAGUCUCCUUCUUCAUAGGACUCAUCAUGUGUACAGAAGGAGGGAUGUACGUCUUCCAGCUGUUUGACGCCUACGCUGCCAGCGGGAUGUGUUUGCUGUUUGUGGCCAUAUUUGAGUCCAUAUGUAUCGGCUGGGUGUACGGAAGUGACAGAUUCUACCAAAAUAUUGAGGACAUGAUUGGCUACAAACCCGUCUUUUUCAUCAAAUGGUGCUGGAUGAUCCUGACCCCGGGCAUCUGUGCUGGUAUUUUCCUCUUCUUCCUGAUUAAAUACAAACCGCUGAAGUACAACAACGUGUACACCUACCCAGACUGGGGCUACGGCAUUGGCUGGUUCAUGGCCAUGUCCUCCAUGGUUUGCAUUCCUCUGGGGAUGAUCUGGAUGAUCUGGAAGACUCCAGGCACCUUCUCAGAGAGAAUAAAGAAGCUCACCACCCCCAGCCCAGACCUGAAGAUGAGAGGGAAACUCUCCACCCUCAGUCCUUAUGCUGCCAAUGAUGCAAAACUUAAGGCUGAUGGGAAGAUAUCCACCAUCUCAGAGAAGGAGACACAUUUCUAACCGACCACCUGACAGACCCACCAGGCUUCCUGCUGUCCAACGACAAAAAAACACGUCAACCUUACCAUCAAAAACCAGAAAACGAAACAAAUGACUUGGAGUGUUAUUUUUGUUUUAUAUAUAUAAAAAAAGAAAAAAAGUGAAAAGGUAUCACGUGAUUAUGUAGUCCACUUCUGUUUUGCACACACUUUAAGUAACACUUUUUUUUUAUUUUCAUUUAACAUUUUGACAAAGCAGCUGUUUCUUUCUUUUCUAACAGUUAAUACUUUAAAUUCCGUUUUAAGACCUUCAUUAUUAUAUGGUUAAAGCCCGUCCUGGUACCUUGUCAGUACUGGUCACACUCGUUUCUGUGCCUUUAGAACAACGUCAGUGUGUUGUGUUACAUAAUGCUUACACUGUACACGUAUUGGCAAAGUGCUGUACCUCUCUAUUAAGUACUAGGUACCCAAAUGUGACUAUCUAAGAUGUAGCAGCUUGGAGCUACAUAGUUUUGUGUGUUAAGAAGGUUUUUUGCAGUAUAUUUUAGAACUGAGACUAUAGGAGGGUACUAAUACCCCUGCAUGUAAACCGCGUGUAAAGCUGCAACUGUGAGGGCCUUCGGUAUUUCUUAUAUGUUUACGUCCAGUGAGUAAAAACACUGCUUACUGAAUGUGAGAAAAGUAUAUUAUUAGGUAAUUAUUCAUCAUAUUAGCACAGGUUCUGGGUUUUGCAGAUCUCUGUGGUGCCAUUUUUUCUAACUAAAUGUCUCUGCUUAGAAGGUUUACAGAAAAUGUUUUAAAAAAAAGGGUCCAGGGUUUACAGUAUGGAAACCCUGGACCCCUAAGUUACAGAAAUCUUUCAUUUCUUAGUCUGAGCUACAGAUUUCCACACAGCUCCAAAUAGCCGUGUGUGACUCGCGGGCUGAGUCUAACUACAAACCUCUCUCCUCUAGCCGCCCUCCUAUAAGUCAUGGAUAUCUGUCAUUUCACAGUAAUUAUGCUGAUCCUAACAGAGAGUGACAGACUGAUGUGCUUCCAACCCUGCCUUUUUAUUUCCUGCUCCGCCCGUAGAGGAGAAGAUGGACGGCCAUCAGACGAGCAUUUCAAACCUCAUCUGUCUUCUUCUCCUCAUCCUUUUAUUCUUUCCCCUUGUCCUCUUCCCUCUUUCCUCCCGCUGUCCUCCCUUCUCAUCUUCAAUCUCUGUUUGUCUGCCUCUUUCAAUUAUUUCCACUGCUCUAUCUGCUUCUUUUCAUCACACGCAAGGCUUGAACAGUGACACAGUUCCAGUCGCGAAACCGUGAUGCGUUUCACACAUAUGCUUCAGGCAAUAGUCUCGCUAUUGAUUUGAAUUUCUUUGGCCUCUCGUCUGACACGGCAAACCUCCCAAAAAUACAUCUUCUAAUUUUGCUCUCGGAGCCAGUGCAGGGGUGAAAGCACAGUCUGUUCCUCUUAUCAAAUGUAAUUGUGGUAGGAGGCAGUGAGCUGGUCUCAUUGUCCAUUACAGCCUCAUCCUCAUCAGCACUCGAAUGAAGUUGUCCUUCCACCCUUCCUUGCUUUGUCCACGUCUUUCCCUUCCCUUCCCUUCUUUUCUUUCCUGUGUCCUUGUUUCCUGAUGAAAAUGCAAUCAGAGGAAAGCAUCUGAGGGAAUGAAAAAUUCUCUUACAGUUUUUCAGGAGGAGGCAAAGAAAGCAGGGGAAGCAUUAAGGAAUUGAUGAGCUGAGAAAGUGUGUGACGGAGUAGGAAAUGAGGGAAAUAGAGGAAGUGUUUAGCGACCGAAGCUCCUCCUGUUUAAGCUGUGACGUCCUCUUAAACAUGUGACCAAUCCCUCCGGUGUGGUUGCAUUAGGACUUUAUCACCUCCUCACUGAUGUUUGUGCAAGCUGAUAGUCGUGUGCAUCAGAAAUUAUAGCCUGCUGUUUAACACUGAUCAUGUUGAUGUACAUUUUUACAUCUUUCUAAAAAACCUCUUGUCUAUUUCUCAAGAUGAGCAACAUUGAGUUGAUGUCAUGAAAAGAACACGUCUUUUGUUGUGACUUUUGAUAUGCUCAAAAGAUCUUGUUAUAGAAAUAUAAUGAAGGGUGUUUACUGUUCUGUACUGGUCUGCACAUUUGGUAUUCACAGGACACAUGAACUGUCUGCUUACUCAUUUUUAAGAAUAAAUAUUAUGAAGGAA